AUGGCGUACAAUAGAGCCUUCAACCCAGAUGCGCUGCCUGCCCAUGCAGAGCCCGAGCAAGCCGCUCAAGCUUUGAGUCAGCUUCAGGGAAAUCGAAGACAGACUUCUCCCAACGCACCUCCAGGUCAGCGUUAUGGCCAUCAACCACGCCCUGGGUCUCCAGGCAGUGCUGGCCGUCGACCUUCCCCAGCUGGCCGAGGCAUAGGCCCACCUGCACAGUCACAACCACCACCGCCUUCACAAUCCCAGAACUCCUACAGACCCCCUCCGGUCCAGACGUACCAGCAGCAGCGACCACAUAACGCGGGUCAAGGGUAUGCUGAUAACCAGUACAACCGCCUGCAGUCUCCUCCCCCCAAUGCAGCCAACUAUGGCUUCGAUCGAAGGGGUUCCAAUGAACAGCAGAGCUACCCUCCACGCAAUACAGCCCCUACAGACCCAGACUCGGUCGACCUGUUUCGUCUGUUCCGUGCGGCGAAUGCUUCAGGUACAGGGUCUCUUACGACGGCGGAAUUGGGUUCAGCAUUGGUCAACGCAGAUUUCACACCGUUCGACUCGCGGACCAUAAUAUCACUAAUGCGCAUGUUUACAUCGUCACCGCCGAAUCAAGCGCAAGGUCCUACCAUCACGUUUGAAGAAUUUGAAAAUCUAUGGCAGUUCCUGGCGGCAUGGCGGACACUGUUCGAACGAUUUGAUGAGGACGGGAGUGGUCGCAUCUCGUUGCUCGAAUUUUCAAAGGCCAUGACGGCAUUCGGUUAUCGAUUGUCACAACAGUUUGUCGGUGUGCUCUACAACACGUUCAACGAUCGAAGCCCGGUGCAAGGCCAGGGGAUGAGUUUUGACUUGUUUGUGCAAGCCUGCAUCAGUCUCAAGCGUAUGACAGAUGUUUUCAAGAAGUACGAUGAUGAUCGAGAUGGCUAUGUGACACUUAGCUUCGAAGAAUUUCUCAUGGAGAUUCUGCGACUGAGAGAUUGA